ACGCGAGCAGCAGGUGUUCGACACGAGUGAUUUAUACCACUCGUGGAGAAACACUGUUAAAUAUCUCACUCAUCUGAUAACCGACAUCGAGGGAGGAAGGAAAAGCGGAUUGCCAUAAAACCAGUUUGAGACUGGACAUCAGUGUCGGCAGCUCACUCGGACAGUUUGGGAGUUUGGUGUCAGUGCAGGCAAAACCUACUUCGCCUUUUUCCUAUUGGAGCGAGUGAGGUGGGGACAUUUACGCAGUGUCUCAUACGGAGCUUCAACAGAGGUGUGAUUUGUUUUCUCUCCAUUGUCCUCAUCUUGUCCAUGUCCAAGCAGAACGGUGUUGACUUCAGUCUGAGUGCUGUUGAUGGGUUCCAAGAGUGUGGGAGAUCGUUUUGCAACAACACACAGUCUUAAAAAAUAGUUAGCAUCUAUUCAAAUAGCCCCUGUACUGAGCCUGAGCCUAAGCCUGGUCUGCAGCCCUCGGCCUGAGGCUGGAAGGGGAUGGGGACACUGGCCCUUUGCAGCCACUACUCACAGCUGUCAUGGAAACGCAGCGUCAUAGUGGCAAUGCUACUGUUUCACCUGUGCUGCCUGCAAGUAUGGGCAUCCUGUCGCAUCCUGAGGUGCAACUCUGACUUUGUAGCUGUCACCCUGGACCUUGGGGGCAGCGGAGGGGGCGGAGGAGGCAGCAGAGAGGGCAAUGCGGGCUACUGCAGCGCCCUCCGCUCCUAUGCCAUGUGUACCCGCCGCAUGGCCCGUGCCUGCCGGGGCGACCUGGCCUACCAUUCGGCCGUGCAGGGCAUCGAGGACCUCCUCAUCCAGCACAGCUGCCCAAGGACAGGCCCCACCGCUCAGCCCCGGCCCCUGCCACAGGCUCCCAUCUCUGGGGACGCCUGUAUCUAUGAGAAGGGCUACCUCCAGCGUGAGGGCCGGACCCCUGACUAUCUCCACUGUGGGGUGUUCGGGGAUCCCCAUGUUCGCACCUUCCGUGAUGAGUUCCAAACGUGCACUGUACAAGGGGCCUGGCCACUGAUAGAUAAUGAGUAUCUAUACGUUCAGGCAACUAGCGCCCCCAUGAGAGGAGGGGUGUAUGCCACGGCUCUCAUCACGAUUACCAUCAUCUUUAAGAACUGGCGCCAGUGUAUCGAGCAGCAGAUCUACCAGGCGGAGCUGGACAACGUUCCCGCAGCCUUCGUGGACGGCUCAGUGACCAGCGGGGAGAGGCAGGGCCAACACAGCCUGAGCGUCCACUCUGAUCUGCCUGGGCACCAGGCUGAGAUCCGUGCUGCCCACAUCGGCACCACCCUGGUGGUGCGUCAGAGUGGGCGGUCCCUGGGCCUGUCAGUACGCUCGCCAAGUGCCAUUGCUGAAGCAUUCACCCCCGAGCAGGACCUGCAGCUGUGUGUGUAUGGCUGCCCACCUUCACAGCGCCUAGAGACGCUACCCCGCCCCUCUUCUUCCUCCUCCCUUUCUUUCUCUUCCUCCAGCCAGCCCUCUGCUGCAGCCCAUGUCCACUGUGCAGCCCUCCUCCCUGCUAGGGACAUCUACUACCAGGCCUGCCUGUUUGACCUGCUGGCCACAGGGGACCUCAACUCCAGCACGGCGGCCGUGGCGGCCCUACAAGACGCCCGGGUAAUGAUCUCAGACCCCAAUAAGGUGCAUCUGCUACUGGUGGGCAAUGCCGAUGGUAGUAGUCCAUGUCUGCCUCUGAUCCUGGCUGUGGCUGUCCUAUCAGAGCAUCUGUUGGCUCUGUGGACUUGGCAGUGUUUAUGAACUAGUGACUGGUAGGAGCUGUGGGCAGAGCAUUAGCCACACUGACUCUGACUGAGCAGAUGCUUUAAAAAAAAUAUUGAUGGCCUUGUUUCAUAAACAACAGGCAUCACCUUUGACUGGUUGGAACCCAGUGGCAUUGUGACUGGUUACUGAAGUCAACGUUUCCCUGAUUCGUUUUCUUCCAGCAGGAGAAGAAUGUUGAUCGAAAUAAAUACAGGUGAGUGCUCUCAGUGAGGAUAGAAGUGAACUAUUGAAGCCUGACACUAGUUGUGUUGAUUCUAAUCCCUUAACUAUGCUGAGACAAAUGUAUUAAAUGUAUUAAAACAAUAUGUAUUAUCUCAGCACAGAGGAUGGCCUGUUGAAUAAUUCCACGAAUCCAGACAGCAAAUGGAAUCUUCAACUCUUUUUUUAUAUACUUUCUGUUAUUUUCUGUUUAUUUUAUCAUGGAGGGAAUUUAGUGGUUUAUUUAUAGUAAAUAUAAUACU